GCGGCCCAAGAGUGAUGCCAACUCGUCUGCCGCUGAAAUAGAUGCAAUAACGUCGUGUACUUCAAUUGUUUUAUGGUAUUACUUUACUGUAGGAAGUUUCUUGUUUAUUUCGUUUGUGAAUGAAGUUGUGAACGUAAGUGCCAAUCAACGUAUAAAAAUGAGUUCCCAAAAAAUGCGCACCAACCUCAAGCUCUCCAGGCUCCUAUACAAAUACACAGAAGAGAAAAAAGAGGAAAAACCAAUAGAAGAUAGCCCAAAGCUGGUAGAAGAAGAAUACGAAUCCUAUCCACCUUACAACUUCUCAUGGUUCAUAGAAAAUAAGGUUGCCGCUAUGGGCUGGCCGCAAACUGUGGCCAAUUUAAACUACUUGGCAGACGCCGGGGUUGACCAUUUGAUUACGCUGUCCCCUGAGCGGAGACCACCGAUAUUGGAUUGCAAGAAGAAGCUAAAAUGGACCGAGAUCAGGAUAAAAGAGUUUGGGACGCCGACGUUGAGACAGAUUAUCAAGUUUAUUGAGAUUUGUGAGCGGGCGGAGAUCAGGGGAGAGGUGAUCGGCGUGCACUGCCGGCACGGGCGCGGGCGCACGGGCACAAUGCUGGCGUGCUACCUCGGCUGGCAUGCUACUUCGUGCAUUUCCGCGACAUGGCGCCCGAGCGCCGUGCUCACCGUGCGCGUGCAGCGCCCAGGGUCCUGUGAAACAUACGAACAAGAAAAGAUAGUCUGCCACUACCACGAUUGCGUUCGCGGGACUAUUGCGAAACCAGACUAUCGCCUCGUUGAAGACAAACUUUACUUCGACUGCUCCAUGAAACACAUGUUCGAAGAUACCGAUCAAGAGGAAGACGAACAAACAACUAAAAAGGAUAAAAACGCAAAGAAAGAAACAGUCGUCAAGUUUGAAGAAGACUUCGUUGACAGAAAGGAGCUAAUUAAAAAGUUGUGCGAAAAAAAAACGAACACAAUGAUCAUCAAUCAUAGAAUUUAUUUUUAAUUUAACAGUACAAUAGCAAUUCCCAAAAAGUUUGUACAAAAAUUAAGA